GGGACAAACUGCACGCUUCCAGAAUAGUAGGGGGGGGGGGGGGCAAGAAAAUAAGACCCGAACCACGCUCUCUCCCUCUGACCAGCGGAUACGACCACCAGAUUGCGGCUUUACUUUGGGUGUUGAAGACUUAAGGGGGGGGUGCAUUUUAUUCCUGCUUUUUUGCAGCCCCCCCUUUUACUUUUUUAUUUUUAAAAAUAUCCAUUUGGAAAAAGGGCGAGGAGAAGAAAACAACGUGCAUUAAAUGUCGUGGAACUGAUCUGGAUAUUAUAUCACCCCCCCUUCCCCAUCUCCCCUCUUUCCCUCCCCAACCAAUUUUUAACAAUCAUUUUGGUGCAUUUAAAUAUGAUUGCUUGCUGGCUGACUUUUGCACUUUGGACAACUUUCUGUGCAGGUCCAGCGCAGGGAGAAGCAGAGACCAGAACAUGUGAGUACUACAAUGCAAACCACGAGCUCGAGAAGACGAAUAAGAGUGGGGUGGAGCAUUGCGAGGGCGAGAAGGACAAGCGGCUACACUGCUAUGCUUCCUGGAGGAAUAAUUCCGGCUCCAUUGAACUGGUCAAGAAAGGCUGCUGGCUGGAUGAUUUCAACUGUUACGACAGGGUGGAGUGCGUCGCGACGGAGGAGAACCCUCACGUAUUCUUCUGCUGCUGUGAAGGCAACUACUGUAAUGAUAAGUUUUUCCACUUCCCAGAGAGCGUGCCGGCAGUCGUGUUUGAGCCGCCACCGCCCACUCCGUCGCUGCUGAACAUCCUGGUGUACGCACUGCUUCCCAUCACCGGGCUCUCCAUGAUCAUCCUGCUGGCCUUCUGGAUGUACCGUCACCGCAAGCCUCCAUACGGCCACGUGGACCUGAACGAGGACCCAAGUCUGCCGUCGCCAUCACCUCUGGUGGGCCUGAAGCCGCUCCAGUUACUUGAGAUCAAAGCCAGGGGCCGCUUUGGCUGCGUUUGGAAGGCUCGGCUAAUGAACGAGUACGUGGCGGUAAAGAUCUUCCCCAUUCAGGACAAGCUAUCCUGGCAGAAUGAGCGAGAUAUUUACACCACACCCGGAAUGAAGCACGAGAACGUCUUGCGCUACAUUGGAUCUGAAAAGCGUGGCUCGAACCUUGAGACCGAGCUCUGGCUCAUCUCCUCCUUCCAUGAACGGGGUUCCCUGUCGGAUUACCUGAAGGGGAGUGUGCUGAGCUGGAACGAGCUGGGCCACAUCGCCGAGACCAUGUCUUGCGGACUGGCUUUCCUCCAUGAAGAUAUUCCUCGGUGCAAGGGGGAAGGGCCGAAGCCUGCCAUCGCGCACAGGGAUUUCAAAAGCAAAAACGUGCUCCUGAAGUCCGAUUUGUCCGCUUGCAUAGCUGACUUUGGACUGGCUGUCAGGUUCGAACCCGGAAAGCCUCCCGGGGACACGCAUGGACAGGUUGGAACACGAAGAUAUAUGGCCCCCGAAGUGCUGGAGGGGGCAAUUAACUUCCAGCGAGAUGCCUUCCUCAGGAUAGACAUGUACGCCAUGGGGCUGGUGCUCUGGGAAAUGAUCAUGAGGUGUACCGCAGCCGACGGGCCCAUCGACGAGUACACUCUGCCAUUCGAGGAAGAGAUCGGCCAACACCCGACACUGGAAGACCUGCAGGACGUGGUUGUCCACAAGAAGUUGAGGCCUGUCCUAAAAGAAUGCUGGUAUAAACAUCCGGGGCUGGCGCUGUUCUGCGAGACGAUCGAGGAGUGUUGGGACCACGACGCCGAGGCUCGCCUGUCGGCCGGCUGCGUGGUGGAGCGCAUUGCGCAGACACGCAGGCUGAUCAACGGCACUACCUCCGACUGCCUGGUGAGCCGUGUCUCCACUCUCACCAACGUGGACCUGCCCCCCAAAGAGUCCAGCAUCUGAUCCCGCGGGGCGGAAGUCAAACCCACACAACACAGCUGCUAACCUAACCCGACUUCUGGUCACUCUCAUCGGAUCCGGAGCUAUUUACCAGCACACACAGGACUCUACUGUAUUUGAUGGACAUCUUGAUUCAAAAGCAUUCAGGUACCGACCAGUGAAUGCAGCAAAAAAAAAACCUACCAAGGUGCAGGUACCUCAGACUUGAGUCCAUUUCAGCCGUGUGAGUGUUUUUUUUCUUUCUUCACUCAUUUGUAGCUUUCUCUGUCUUCUCGACAGCAUGUUUGUGACUUUUUUUUAAAAAAAAGAAAAUUUGCGAAAACCUGUACCACUGGCAAAAAAAAAGGCAAAACAGGAAGACAAAACAAAAUGCUGCACCCAAUAGGAGGAAACCUUUUGACUGUUACACGCAAUUUACCUUCCUCAAGGGAUCUACACAGGCGCGCGCGCGUGCACGCACACACACACACACACACACACACAUUCUCUCUCUCUCAGACACACACACACACACAUUCUCUCUCUCUCAAACACACACACACACACUCUUUCGACGGUGAGUGCUUCAAAGCGGUCUUUUUUUAACGGGCAGAACGGGUGUCCACUGUAACGCGCGCGAUUUCGUGCGCGUGCCCGCCCGCACCGAAGGAGAGGCGGGAAGGAGCUCCCCGGCCGUUGGCGUGGA